GCUUUCUUUAAUAUGCUCAAAUUGAUUGAACAUACCGCCUAAAUUGCGAUUAUCGACUAGGGUUCAGCUGUAGGUGAAUGGUACGGUGACAGAAUGGAGAUGGAUUUCCCUGCCGCAGAAGAACUCGAGUAUCUCGAGUCCAACUCUAUCUUCCCCGACGAAGGCGACGAGGACUUUUUCGAGAAGGAAGAAGGAGAUACAGCGGCCGCAUUCGAUGAUCUCAAUUUCGAUGAAUCUGUCGCUGGCGGACAGAUUCCCCAUCAAGAUCGACUGGCAGCCAAGAACCUACAUCAAGAAAUUACCAAGAAGCGACUUUGGUCGGCAGAGGAUGAAUCAAAAGAAAAUCUUGAUCAUGAGGCAAGGGCGAAGAGGAUAGCGUUGGAAGAUGAGUCUGACGAGGAUUGGCUCCGCUAUUCACCUCAGCGGGAGGCUGUUUCUGAUGUCCUCGUUGCGGAGGAGAAAAUCCUGUCUCGUUUCUCAGCAGAUAUUGAAGGGCAGUGCAUGCCAGUGACUGCCCCUUCUGGAGCAAGAGUCUACGCUAAAAUGAGCUCUGCAGAGAUUGGUGGAGGUCGUGGAGAGUUUAUGGCAAGGAAGGAGCGAGGAGGUUUGUUUGAGGGCCUUCUUUCUGAACCUAUUAGUGCAUUAAACAAAAAGAUGGAACAAGAAGCCUUGGCAAAGGCUUUGAAGGGCAGCUUUGGAUCAGCAGAUAAGCUAGCUCAUGCAACAAUCAAUCAAGUUGAUGAACAACUUUGGGUAGAUAAAUAUUCACCAAACUCUUUUAAAGAGCUUCUCAGUGAUGAGCGAACAAAUCGCGAGGUACUACUAUGGUUGAAGCAAUGGGAUUCUUCUGUAUUUGGAUCACAUAUUACUGCCACAGAGGAUGAAGUUUUGUCUGCUUUAAGGCGUCAUUCUUCAGGUGUUCAAAAUCCUAGAUUUGGUGCAAAUAGAGGUUUCUUUCACAACAAGGGGCAUCCUUUUGGUAAUCGAUACUCAAAAAUGUCUAAUUUCUCGGAUGGACAAGAUAGUCAUUUUAUAGAUGUUCACGAAUCAUCGGAAAGAAAGACCAGAAUGAAUCAUGCUCCAGAACAAAAGGUUCUUCUGCUAUGUGGUUCACCAGGCCUUGGGAAGACUACACUUGCAAACAUAGCUGCUAAGCAUUGUGGAUAUCGUGCUGUUGAGAUUAAUGCUAGUGACGAUCGCUCUGCAUCUACAGUGGAGUCAAAAAUUCUUGAUGUGAUACAGAUGAACUCUGUCAUGCCUGAUGCCAAACCCAAGUGUUUGAUAAUUGAUGAAAUUGAUGGGGCACUUGGUGAAGGAAAAGGUGUCGUCGAUGUAAUUUUGAAAAUGAUAGCUGCUGAAAAGAAAUUAAGCAGCGAUAAGGAAAAUUCCACUCAUCAAGCAGAACCAGGAAAGACCAUGUCAAAAAAGAGACAUAAAUCAGCAAUACUGAAUAGACCUGUAAUCUGCAUAUGCAAUGAUGUUUAUGCACCUGCCUUGAGAGCACUUCGCCAAGUCGCCAAGGUCCAUACCUUUGUCCAGCCAACAAUUAACCGUGUUGUGAAUAGGCUUAACUUUAUAUGUGCAAGAGAAGGAUUCAGGACUAAUAAAAGUGCACUUUCUGCACUUGCUGAAUAUACUGAUUGUGAUAUAAGAUCAUGUCUGAACACACUUCAGUUUCUUCACAAAAAAAAAGAGACCCUCAACAUUUCAGACAUUAGUUCUCAAGUUGUGGGCAGAAAGGAUAUCUCAAGAAGCACAGUUGAUGUAUGGAAAGAGGUUUUCCAAAAAAGCACACGGCAGGGCGAAAGGAAAUUCAACAAUGGUGGUUGCGAACAUGGUGUUGGUGAUUUUGAGUUUGUAUACUCUCUUGUAUCUAACUGUGGCGAAUAUGAACUGACUAUGGAUGGCAUACAUGAAAAUUUCCCACGUCUUUCUUACCAUGAUCCCAUGAUGAGAAAAACCGUUAAAUGUCUUAACAUGCUUGGCAUUUCUGAUUCGCUGCUUCAGUAUGUAUUGAGAACUCAACAAAUGUCUCUCCUUGCUUAUCAACCUCCUCUAGUUAUAUCUAUGAGUCAGCUGAUUGCUCAAGUUGAAAAGCCAAACAUUGAGUGGCCAAGGACAUUUCACAGAUGUCGGUCACAACUUGUGGAGAAGAAAGAAUUGUUGAAGACUUGGCUAACUAUGAUUUCACCCUCGAUAUCUCGACAUCUCUCUAUCAUGUCUUUUGUGGAAGAUAUUGUUUCACCACUGUUGCAUAUUCUUUCACCACCAUCUUUGAGACCAGUGUCAUCACAUCUUCUAUCAGAAAGAGAAAAAGAUGACCUAUGCCAGCUUGUGGAUACUAUGGUUUCUCUCUCUAUUAUGUACAAAAGUUCAAAAGCUGAUCCUCCAGAAAAGAGCCAUAAAUAUGGAUCUUCAAUUGAUGUUGUACAAUUAAUCAUUGAUCCCCCACUUCAUGACUAUGCGAACUUUAAGGAGUAUCAGUCUCAACAUUUUGUAUUAUCUGGAGCAAUUCAACAAAUCUUAGUGCAUGAGGUUGAUAAGUAUAGGAUUUUACGGGACAGCACUGUCAAAAGUGUCAAUCAAUUCAAUGAAAACAACAACAGGGGUCCUGAUCUUGCUAAUGUAGAUUUUGGAGUUACAUCUGCUAAGAAGGCUUUGUCAGUCACUUAUGAAGAUGAUAGCAAAACAAAAAUGUCCAUAGAUCAGAUCCAAAACUUAGCCAGUGGCAAUAUUUCAGUUGGCAAGAAAAGCUUUUCUUGUGGCUCAAACUCCAGACCUUUGAAGAAAUCCUCAAACAAUGCAUCUAGUUUCUUUUCUAGGUUCAGAAAUGCAACUGGUUCAAGUGCCAAAAAUGCCUCGACAACUAUUGAAAGAGAUUCAUGGCCAUUGAUAUUCAAAUACAACGAGGGUUUCACAAAUGCAGUCAAACGACCGGUCAGGAUACGUGACUUGCUCUUAUGAUGAGAUCCACUGAAGCAUGGUGAUAGGAUGAGUUAGCUGUAUGUUCUUGUGAUGUAAUGCCAAGUCUUUUGUGCUUCUCUUUGAUUGGACUUCUCAUUGUAGCUUUGUGGACUUUUUUAGUUAUCACAAUUAUCUUUUGGUCACAUUAACUCCUUAUAUUAAUUGCGUUGUCUUUAUGUCCUUUCUCUAUGCUGAUGAAAAAUCAUGAAAUUGCUUUGCUGUCUAGUCCAAAUCCAAUGGCUGGUACAUUGAGUACAGAUGGAAUUACCAUGCGGCUAAGUGAACUGUCAAUGCUAUGAAUUCAAUUUUCUAGCC